GACAGUAACAGCGAUGAGAAAGGCAAUUCAGGAAGGGAUGAGGAACUGUGGGAAGAAGACGUUGCUUUGUGGCAGCAACGGCUCCAAUUGUCGAUUCUGUUGAAGAUUGGGAGUCUCUAAUGGAACAAAGUCCUGUGUGUUCAAAAUCACCUGUGUCAGCCUCCGCCUUACCAUCAUCAAGGGAUGAACUUUUUAAACAAGCCACUAAACCCUCUUCAUUGCCAACGAGAGGCGGGAGAGGCCCUUAAAUCCACCUCUGAACCCAUCCUUAAUCCCACUCCCGAAACCACGCCUAAUCCCACUCCUGUACCUACAACUAUCCCUAGUACCAUUCUGAUAUCAACCUUUAUACCCACCUUUGAUCCCAAAUCUACUUCUAAACCCUUGCUCUCAUCAAAACGGAGAGGACGGCCCCCUAAACGUAUGUCUAAAUGCACCCCUAAUGUUGAUCCCAAAUUCACCUCUACACCAACCCCUAACCCUAUCCCUAUUUACAUUUUCACACCCAUGCCCAAUCCCACCCCUGAAGUCAAACCCAUCCUUAAUCCAACUCCCAUUUUGACCCCUAAUGGAAUCAUGAGAUCUACCUCUGAAACCAACCUGGAGCCCACUUCUAAUCCCACCAUCCCCGGCAACUCUAAACCCAACCCUGAACGCAAUCCCACUUCUGAAGCUACCCCUAAAUUUACCCCUAUCAGAGAGAAUUCAAAGUCUACUGCAACUUAUUCACUGAGGCAAGCCAGAAGAGGGUCAACUUUUGAUUCUUAUUGGACAAAAGAAGCAAUUGCCUGUGAGCCAGAUAAGUGGUUUGAUAUCACCGUUGAGGAUAGGGAACUGGCACUACCAGGAUUCUGUCCCAAGCAACCUCCAGGCCCACAGCUUGUGAUGGAAAGAGAUUAUACUCCCUUGCAGUUGUUCCAGCUGUUUUUUACCAACUCUGGUAUAGAGACAAUUGUCAGGAACACCAAUUGCUAUGCCGAGAAAAGGGCAGAAGCUGGAAAGAAGUUCCUCUGGGUGCCUCUCACAGUCAAGGAGUUCCACUCUUAUUUGGCAUUAGUUGUGUACAUGGGUUUGGUGAAGGCGAAGUCUCUUGUGGACUACUGGGCAAGAAAGAUGAUGUACAACUUUUCAUACCCUCAGUCCGUCAUGUCUAGAGCAAGGUUUCAGGCCAUAUCUUGGAAUCUUUACCUCUGUGAUCCUCAAGAAGAUGAAGAAAACAACAAAAAGAAAGGCACUCCAGGUUACGACCAGCUGCACAAAAUUAAGCCUCUGUAUACUGAAAUUGUUUCUGCAUGUAUGACGCAUUUUCACCCUAACAGAGAGAUUACCGUAGAUGAGAGAAUGGAUGCUACAAAAUCGAAGAUUGGAUUAAAAAGAUAUUUGAAGGACAUGCCAACCAACUGGGGUUACAGACUCUUUGUUCUUGCCGAUUCCUCCAGCAGAUACACCUGGAAUUUCUUUGUGUACGAUGGAAAGAGUUCCAUGUCAACAGGGAAAGGUGUCGGUUACGACGCAGUAAUGAGAUUACUGGAUCAUGAACUCCUCGGCACAGGUUACAGGUUAUACGCUAACAACUUCUACACCAGUACAACCCUUUUCUUGGAUUUGUGGCAAAACAACAUCCUUGCAUGUGGCACUCUUCGUCAUACUUCUAGUUUACCAGAGGUUAGCGAUGUGAGCAGAAGAGCUGAAAGAGGAUCCAUCCACUGGUGUCGACAAGGUCCGCUUCUGUUUCUCAAAUGGAUGGACAUGAAAGAAGUCGUCUUGUGUUCCACGAUGCACAAGGCGUAUGUGGGGGAUACCAUCAGUUGGAACGUCAAGGAUAAUAGUGGUGAUUGUAGUGAACGUCACAUCCCAAUACCACCUGCUGUGAAGGACUACAAUAAGUUUAUGGGUGAUUUGGACCUUUCAGAUGCCCUGAUGGAGUAUUACAAUGUCGUCCACAAAACCAAAAAAUGGUACAAGAACUACUUCUUCCAUUUUCUUGAAAUUGCGGUGGAGAAUAGUUACAUUCUUCACCAGCAAAUGGCAAAAGUACAGAACAAGACCCCUCUCAGCCAGAAAGUGUUCAGGGAAACACUGGUAUCUGAGCUGGAACAUGUUGGCAAAGGCAAGAAGCCCUUAACAUCUGCAUCCCAAGAUCCCACCAGUGUGCUCUCUGCACCUGAUAGCUUGGACAUGGAGUCGUCUCUACCAGCCUCACUUUUCUCAUUCACAUGGACUGAACAAUGCUUUCCGGAGUAUUUUGGUUCAGAUAUUACAUAUGGGAUGAAAAAUUGUGUCCUGUGUAGAUUGUCAGGACAUAAAGUUCAGACUCCUAUAUUCUGUACGUACUGCAGGGUGCCAUUGUGCUUUGAGUCCUCGCGGAACUGCUUCAAGAAAUGGCACAUUAAGGGAUGUGCCAUUUAGAACAUUUAGAAGCUUUAGAUUAGAUUUCUUUGUACAUUGUAUGUUUCCUUGUCAUUUUAUAUAGCUUUCUGUCAUUUUAUAUGAACUUGGUUCAUACUUGUGAUAAUUAUGACUAUAAAACACAACAAAAAAACUAUGUUGUCUUUUGUUUUCUACUUUUUUGUUUUUAAUCAAUGCUUUCUUAAAGUGACUAACAGUAGGUGCACACAUUGUGUUAAAGGCAAAGUGUGUACUUUUUGCACCACUAGUGGCACCAAAUGGAAUUGCAAUCUGUUUGUUUGAGCAGCUCAACCAAUUUCGCUUGUAUGCUAGUGGCACAGAAAUUACACAAUUCACUUUUCAACAGCAGAUGGCCAGGACAGAUGGUUGAGAAUACACAAUGCUUGGUAUGAUAGACGGCCAUAGCAAUCAAAGUUGUAUAUAAAACGAGUAAACAAGUGGUUGAAAUAUAUGCGAAUGU